CCCGUUUGUAACGAAUUCCACUUCUUUGAGAGAUGAUAUCGUGGAGAGUAGCUCCGAUAGGAAUAAGAUUAUCCAGAACGCUGUCGUUUUAGAGGAAGAAUACUUUGUAGCACCUUUGAGAACUAUUUCGAAAGAAUGAAUAUGAAACAUGCGUUGGCAAAGCUCGGUGCAAAUUUCGUUAGCCUCACGGAACAGAAAUUUGCAUACGGGCCUCAAGGUAGCAUGGUUUUGAGGAAUCUUGAAGAGCUGUGGUUCCUGCAUUGUGUUACGAUGUCUCGGUAUAAUAUAUUCUUGUCGGAGAAAGUGAGCGAUACUCUAAAUUUUAUUGUAAAAAGUUCGACGAGCGAUGUACCUUUUGGACUAGCUGUAAUAGAGAAUUCCAAGAAUUCUUGGAAUCAAAAUGUAGCUAUCGAUAGUAAAUGGAAACACCAAAGAAUAGCUACGAUAACUAUUUUUAAUAAUGAUAUGGAAUCCAAAGACUUGUAUCAUAAGCUACAAAAGGAACGUAGAAUUUGGUGGCGUAAGCUAGCGCAACGUCCCUCUAGGUUUAAAGUUACAGAGCCGAAGAAAAAGAAGAACUUGGAUACGGUGGACAUUGAGGCACAGUUUCCUUUCGGAACUGUCGUUGUGGAGAAAAUCACUUAUCACACGGAUAUUCAGAAAAUGUUUAGCGAGAUCGAUAAUAAAAAAGAUUUUACCAACGUACAAAUGGUGGAACAUACAGUAUGUUUGGAUUGGGGUUGCUUAGCACUACUCUGCGAUGCUUACGACACAGACGAAUCAGCCAGAAUGCAGAUACAUUUCAAGCUAGCACCACACAAGGUCGCAAUUUGUAUAGAAGAGCGGAAGAAUGAUGUUGGAAAUGAUGAUUUAAAUCGCUUUGUACUUUACUUAAAUAACAUGCUAAGAACAAAAGGCCUGAACACUAUAUUAACCAGCCCGUGUGUCGUGGACACGUGUUUGGUUCCUUUCGUGGUUUUAGUUCACAGGACUAGUCUCGAAAAUGGCAUUAUACGUAUAACAAAUAGGUCAACAACUCUCAGCGAAGCGAUUCACAUAACCGAUUUGGCAAAUUAUAUAAUUAAGUAUUGUUAAAACCAACGAACGACAAUAAAGUUUUACGUGUCGAGUCUUUAAAAUAUA